GAUCAGCUUAGUAAGGAAUCUAUAUAAGUUCAUGUUUCAAUGGUCUCAUCAUGUUUAAGAUAAUUCAUUCUCAUCGCUCUCCUUCUCCUUCUCCCUUGCUUCUUACAAGUUUUGAAUUGUAAUAUGCUUUCUGGUUGUGUAAUAGGAGUAUCAUUAUUACGAGUAGCUCCAGAACAACAAAGUAAAAAACUUAUAGUAUCUACGAAAAAUAUCAAUCUUGAUUAAGGUAUUACGUGGAAAAAUCAUUCAGUAAAUGCAAAACUAAUUGGAAAAUGUGUUGGUCCCAGGGUUGGUAACUUGUUUGAAAAGGUCAACUAAUAUCUUUGUUUGAACACAAUUUUUAAUCACAAAAUCUGAUGAUACGUAUAAACAUAUACAUUAAUACACAGUUUAAAGUAAACCCACAGUUCCAUGAAAGUCACCUGGUUGUAUAAAAUAUAAUAUAUUUUUGGCAGUUUUCUGUUUAACCUACUUGAGAGAAUUUUGUGGAGAAACUGGUGAGGUUUUGGUUUCUUGCUGCUCUUUUCUUGUAGCAGGUUUUGACAUUUUUAGAUGUCAGACGCUCAACAGAAUUGAGUGAAUUAUCUAUUCCCCACCAAACCUGUAGCAGUUGAGCUCAUCCCUUCUCUUCAUAAACACUUAACAAUCUUUUAUUUUUUUGUCAAAAACACUUUACAAUCUCAUCUCUGCAUUGAUCAUAUAUUAUAUAGUCUUUUUGUGUCUUUUGUUAAAGAAAUUUCUAAAAAGGUUUAAGAGAUUACAUGUUGUGUGUGUUUAGAAGAAAGCUUAGUUUCCUUUUCUCAAGACUUAGAUGGGUCAUCAAGAAACGGGCGAGGGCUAGAGUUAUUGUCAGGAGGUUAAGGAGAGCUCGAAGAACAGAGAACCUUGAGACAAAAGUUUCUUCUAUCCAUCUGAGCUCAAACACCAGAAGACAUAUUCGUGUUGCAACGUUCAACGUGGCAAUGUUCUCACUUGCACCCGUCGUGCAAAACAUAGAGGAAACAACUUUGCUUGAUCAUAUAGAUGACAACAACAUUAGAACUCCCAUCUCUCCAAAAGGGAUUCUGAAGCAGUCUCCGUUACAUUCUUCUGCAAUCAAGAAACCAAGGGUUUGUAUUAACCUCCCAGACAACGAGAUAUCUUUAGCACAGAGCUUCAGCUUUCUGAGCAUGGUGGAUGGAGAGGAAGAUGAUAACGAGGGGAAGGAAAACAGAGGAAGUAACUCGAUGAGAUCACCUGUUUGUCUUCCUUCUUGUUGGUGGGAUCAAGAAAGCUUUAACGGAUACAACAGCAGAAGAAGCAUAGCUGAGUUACUAGGAGAGUUGGAUGCAGACAUAUUGGCUUUGCAAGAUGUAAAAGCAGAGGAAGAGAAGCUUAUGGAGCCGUUGUCGGAUUUGGCUUCUGCUUUAGGUAUGAAGUAUGUGUUUGCAGAAAGCUGGGCGCCUGAGUAUGGCAAUGCCAUACUGUCAAAAUGGCCCAUCAAGAAAUGGAGAGUUCAAAGAAUAGCUGAUGCAGAUGAUUUCAGGAAUGUGUUGAAGGUGACUAUAGAGGUCCCAUGGGCUGGAGAAGUAAACGUGUAUUGUACUCAACUUGACCAUCUAGAUGAGAACUGGAGGAUGAAGCAGAUCGAUGCUAUUACUCGAGGAGACGAAUCUCCACACAUCUUGUUGGGAGGCUUGAAUUCUCUUGAUGGCUCUGAUUAUUCAACAGAAAGAUGGAACCACAUUGUAAAGUAUUAUGAGGAUACUGGGAAGCCAACGCCUAGAGUUGAUGUGAUAAGAUAUCUCAAGGGAAAAGGAUACUCAGAUUCAAAAGAAUCAGCAGGAGAAUGUGAGCCUGUAGUCAUUAUUGCCAAAGGCCAAAAUGUACAAGGAACAUGCAAGUACGGGACACGAGUCGACUACAUUCUGGCAUCUCCAGAGUCACCUUACGAAUUUGUUCCAGGCUCGUAUUCAGUAGUUUCUUCCAAAGGUACUUCUGAUCACCAUAUAGUCAAAGUCGACUUAGUUAUAACCAAAGACCGGUCUAGUGGUAGCUUCAAGCAUUCUCGCAAGAAAGCAAAGCAGAAGAUCAUCCGGAUGAAAGCUAAUUUGAUGUCGUAAGAUACAUGUAAAUAAGGAAGUUUUAUGUUUUCUAAAGUCUGGCUAAUGAACUUAUAUACAUACACACUAAUUAAGGAACUCUUGCUUAUAUUUUAA